AGGGGACAAAUCUCUGUUCGGGGCAGCCGGGGGAGGGGGGGCAAAUCCCUGUUUGAGGUAGCCCCGGCGAGGGGGCAGAUCCCUAUUUGGGGAAGCCCUGGGGCAGGCGGGAAUCCCUCCCGGCGGCGGCUCCGGGGGGGGCGGUGCGAGGGUUACGCGCCGCCCCCGCCGCCGGCUCCCAUAAACGUCGCUGGCGCCUCUCCGGCCGCCCAGCGCCGCCGGAGCUGCCGCCAGGCAGGAUGCCUCCCGCCCCGCUCGGCGCCUUCUUCUUCCUCCCGCUCUUCCUCCUCGCUGCCGCGGCAGCGCCGCCGGAGCCUCCGGAGCCGCCGUCCGCCUGCGGGCUGCGGAGCCUGGCGGUGCGCGUCAAGGACCUGGGGCUGGGCUACGCCUCGGAGGAGACGGUGCUGUUCAAGUACUGCGGCGGCGGCUGCCCGCCGGCCCGCUCCAACCACGGGCUGGCGCUGGCCCGGCUGCUGCCGGCCCGCGAGGCCGCCCGGGGGCCCUGCUGCCGCCCCGCGCGCUACGAGGACGCCGCCUUCCUCGACGACGGCCACCGCUGGCACCAGGUUGGGCAGCUCUCGGCCGCCGCCUGCCGCUGCGUGGGCUGAAAAACGCCGCUUCGCCGCCGGGCGGGACGGUGCCGGCGGCCGGGGACGUUCACUGCCGUCACGCGGGUGGGUGGGGUCUUUCCACCACCCCCCCCGCCACCGCUCAAGCGCCCCCCCGACAGCCGCAAUAAACCCGUCAACGCCA